AUGUCCGGCAACUGUUACCUUCUAAAACUACAACUCUCUCUCUGUCUGUUGGGCUAGUGACUUGGGCCAAUUUCAAUGAAAACUUUAGAAAACCAACUAAAGAAGCAAACCGGAAAAAAAGCCGCAGUUCUCACGCCUCCUCCUCUAUAAAAUAACCCAUAAAGCCCAUCCCCCUCAUCUCCUCCCUUCGAACCAAACACCACCUUACUCGCUCUACAUUCAAUUGGCGCGUUCAUUAUAACAAAAACAAACACACUGCUUUCAAGCAAGCUUCUAGAGAUAAAGACGACAAUGAUUCCCGGUCCAACCGACGAAAGAUCGGAAAUCGCGUUUUUCGAUUUAGAAACCACAGUCCCAAACCGACCGGGUCAAGGCUUUGCAAUUCUUGAAUUCGGAGCUAUCCUCGUCUGCUCCAGGAAACUCGAGGAGCUCCAUAGCUACUCCACCUUAGUCCGACCCGCUAAUCUAUCUUUAAUAUCCCCUACAUCAGUUCGCUGCAAUGGCAUCACGCACGACGCCGUCGUUUUAGCCCCAACUUUCGCUGAAAUCGCGGAUAUCGUUUAUGAAAUCCUCAACGGGAGGAUUUGGGCAGGGCAUAAUAUACAGAGAUUUGAUUGUGUAAGAAUCAGAGAGGCAUUUGCUGAGAUUGGAAGGCAACCACCUGAGAACAAGGGUAUUAUUGACACUUUGGCUUUGUUGACUCACAAAUUUGGAAGGAGAGCUGGGGACAUGAAGAUGGCUAGUCUUGCUACUUAUUUUGGGCUUGGAAAGCAGACACAUAGAAGCUUAGACGAUGUUCGAAUGAACCUUGAAGUCCUUAAGUAUUGUGCAACCGUUUUGUUCUUGGAGUCAAGCCUCCCAGAUGCAUUUCCAGAAAAAAGCUGGGUUUCACCUAAUGCUACUACAAGAAGUCGUAAAAAUGGAAAAUCACCUCUGGAGAGGCCUGGCACAGAUGUAGAUGCUCCCUCUUCAAGUUCAAAGUUUGAAAAUAUUUCUCUUGCAGGUCAUGAACCUGAGAGAAGUCAUCCAAUUAUUUAUCUUCUGACAAGUGUUGGGUCUAAUACAACCCAAACAGAUCCAUUUGACAUGGGAACUCUUAGCAAUGAGAUGACUACAAGUUCCCUUCAACAAGAUGUGACCAUGGAAGAAAAAUCUCUGACAGAAUCUUCUGAGAUGCCUUCAUUAGUGACUGUCCGUGACGGUGGUAGUGCAUAUGCAGGGUUUUUAGAAACUGAAAAAGUUUCUAUUUCUUCUAUUAGGGCAUCUUUUGUUCCUCUAUUUCGCGGGGCUCAAAGAAUGGUAUUGUUGCAUGAGGAUGUCAUUUUGCAGCUUUGUUGUCCUCGUUUAAGGGUACGGUUUGGAUUAAGUACAAAAUUUGUUGAUAGUGCUGGGAGACCGCGGCUCAGUUUUGUGGUUGAUGCACCUCCAAAUUUAUGCAGCAUUCUUGAUACAUGUGAUGGAAGUGCACAAAAAUUGUCUGUGGAAUCAGGUAGCACCUCUGAUUGGAGGCAGGUUGUGUCCAGAAAACCUGGCUUUGUCAACUACCCUAUAGUGAGACUGCACAUACCCACCGCAGUGAAUGGGGAUGUUGCUCAAUAUGCAACUGAGAUAUAUCAGAGAGAUUCUUCUGGAGCCAUGGAAAAGCUUGUAUUCAGCAAGUUUGAAGCUGCAGAGCUUGAAACCUGGUUUAUUUCCGGGACCUUUUUGGAUGCCUACUUCUCCUUGCAUCCAUAUGACUAUCAGCAGAGUGCUGGUAUUCGAUUAGUUGCAAAGAAAUUAAUCAUUGACAAAGAGUGAAGGGAGAAGGUCCUCCAAUCUAUUCAUGACGGUCAUUGCAAAGUGCAAUUUAGGGUGAGACAAAAAACAGUUUCUGUUGUUUGUUAGGGUAGAUUGCAGAAGGCAUGGAAGCUAAUAUUUGACAUUAUUGUUUACAUGUAAUUGCAAGAUUUGUCCAAAUUGUAAUGUUAAUUUCUAGACUUUAAUCUGACAUGGGCAAAGUACAAAGUUUAUUUCUUCAGUUCUCAA